GGUCUAUCGGAAGUCUGUGGUUUGGAGCUUGUCAGGCUGCUCCCAAACUGCUUUCCUGUUCCAACUCCAGCAGUUGCAUGAUAAAGCAAGACUGUGAAGUGUUUACAGAGGAUGACACUCAGUCCCGUCACGCAUUUUGCCGCCGCUCUCGGAUAAAUGCUCAUUUUUCCUUCCGCCUGCGCUAAAAUAAUAAUAAUAAUAUUGUUAUUGGCUGAAUCGGAUCCAGGAUGCCCAGAAACGGGAUAGAAAUCCCCUUGUUUUCUAAAUCCAGCGUGACGUCACCGCCGUUAUGCUGAUUUGUUACAUUUAGGACACCGUGAAGUAAAAGUGGAAGGAAAAUGGGAUUCCUGCACCAACUCCAUCUUCUGCUGUGGAAGAACAUAUCUCUGAAGAGGAGGGGGCCGUGGGUGCUGGCUUUUGAGAUUUUCAUCCCGCUCGUCCUUUUCUUCAUCCUCCUGGGUCUGAGGCAGAAGAAGCCAGCAAUUCCUGUCAAGGAAGUGUCCUUUUACAGCGCUGCGCCGCUCACCUCGGCUGGCAUCAUUCCCAUCAUGCAGUCGCUCUGCCCAGAUGGACAGAGAGAUGAAUUUGGUUUCCUGCAAUAUAAGAACUCCACUGUGACCCAGCUGCUGGAGCGGAUAAGUGAAGUGGUUGAACAGAAUCAGCUCUUCACAUCUGAUAGACCUGGUUUAGGUCAAGAGCUGGAGACCCUGCAGCAGCACCUGGAGAGCCUCAGCUCCACCCCAUUACCACAUGACCACAACUUUAACAACAGCCAAGGCUUCACUCUGGCCAGCGUGUUGAAGAAUGAAUCCGUUUUCCAACAGUUCCUGAUCAAGAACCUUUCCUUGUCUGACUCCAUAGCCAAGCUUCUGCUCAACACUCCAGUGAGCCUCGCAGAGGUUUACAGCCUUAUCGUCGGUACACAUUUCGGAGAUGGCGGAGGAGCCCACAGCUGGAUUCAACAGGCCAAGGGCACCACACAAAAACCUAGAGACAGAGUCCUUCAGUUAGAAGACAGCCUCUUAACUGCAUCCACACUUGAGGACCUCACCUGUGGGGACAGGUCCUCUGAGCUGAGCAAGAUUCUGCUGGUACCUGAGAAGCAGCGACCCGUGAUCCAGGCGUAUCGCAAUUCUGUGUGUAGCGAAGGGGCGGAGCAAAAGUCAGCACGCUUCAGGCAGCUGAGCCUGGAGCUGAGAAAGCAGAUCAACACGCAGAGUGUCACCGAGAAGCUUCACCUGCAGCCCAGCUCUUCGGCUCUUCUGUCUCAGUCUAACGUUGGGGCUCUGUUGAAGGAACUGGCUGAUGUAGAGAGGCUUCUGAAGGAUGUGGACCUGCUUUCUAGUCUGGCUCGCCUGCUGCCCAAAGGGGCCUGUGCUGGUCGAACUCCAGCAUCGCCAGCAAACACAACAUGGCCUCUCAAUGCCACCACAUGGGGCCCCAACACAACUGACAUUCCCGUAGAGGGUGAUGAAGGAGGAGAGGAAGGUGGAGGAGCAGGAAGUGGGAAAGGGAAGAAGGAAACGGAGAAUCCUCAUUCUCAGUUUUCAGCAUUUGUACAGUUAUGGGCUGGACUGCAGCCCAUUCUGUGUGGGAAUAACAGGAUAAUUGAACCGGAGGCUUUGAAGCAGGGAAACAUGAGCUCUCUGGGAUUCACCAGCAAAGAACAAAGGAAUUUGGGCCUACUGGUUCACUUGAUGACUACAAAUCCCAAGAUCCUCUACUCUCCUAUUGGCUCCCAGGUGGACAAAGUGAUUCAGAAGGCCAAUGAGACAUUUGCAUUUGUUGGGAAUGUGACACAUUACACCCGGGUGUGGCUCAAUAUCUCCUCCCAGCUCAGGAGUUUCCUGGAGGAGGGCCAGUUCCACAAGCACCUGGUGUGGCUGCAGCAGUUGUUCUCAGAUCUUCAGCAGCACCCUGAGUUGAUAAAUGGCACAGACACUGAGCUAAUGCAAAGUCUGAUGGAAGGAAACUACAGUCUUCCCAACACCUCCACCUUGCUAGAACAGCUGGACACCAUUGACAAUGCUGCCUGUGGCUGGACACACUUUAUGUCUAAGGUCAGUGUUGAUGUCUUCAAGGGCUUUCCUGAUGAAGACAGCAUUGUCAACUACACCCUGAAUCAGGCUUACCGGGACAACGUUUCUGUGUUUGCCAGUGUGAUUUUCCAGACUAAUAAAGAUGGCUCCCUUCCACCACAUGUUAUGUACAAAAUCAGACAAAAUUCCAGCUUAACAGAGAAGACCAAUGAAAUCAGGAGGGCCUACUGGCGCCCUGGCCCCAACACUGGGGGGAAAUUCUAUUUCCUGUAUGGCUUUGUUUGGAUCCAAGACAUGAUAGAGAGAGCGAUCAUCAACACAUUUGUGGGGCAUGACGUGGUGGAGCCUGGCAACUACGUUCAGAUGUUCCCUUAUCCAUGCUACACCAGAGACGAUUUUCUCUUUGUGAUUGAGCACAUGAUGCCUCUGUGUAUGGUGAUCUCUUGGGUUUACUCAGUGGCCAUGAUGAUUCAGCAUAUUGUAGCUGAGAAAGAGCACAGGCUUAAAGAGGUGAUGAAGAUGAUGGGUCUGAACAAUGCAGUCCACUGGGUGGCGUGGUUCAUCACGGGCUUUGUCCAGCUGUCCAUCUCUGUCACUGCUCUCACGGCCAUUUUAAAGUACGGCCGGGUGUUGCUCCACAGCGAUCCCUUCAUCAUCUGGCUGUUCCUUACCAUCUAUGCCGUGGCUACUAUCAUGUUCUGUUUCCUGGUGUCAGUAAUCUACUCCAAAGCUAAGCUGGCUUCUGCCUGCGGAGGAAUCAUCUAUUUCCUCAGCUAUGUGCCCUAUAUGUAUGUGGCCAUUAGGGAAGAGGUGGCUCACGACAAGAUCACUGCCUUCGAGAAAUGCAUUGCUUCUCUGAUGUCUACCACAGCUUUUGGCCUUGGCUCCAAGUAUUUUGCUCUAUACGAGGUAGCAGGUGUUGGCAUUCAGUGGCAGACCAUAAGCCAGUCACCUGUAGAAGGCGAUGACUUUAACCUCGGUCUCUCCAUGAUGAUGCUCAUCAUUGAUGCUGGCGUGUACGGUGUGCUGACCUGGUACAUAGAGGCUGUGCAUCCAGGAAUGUAUGGGCUGCCGCGCCCAUGGUACUUCCCACUGCAGAGGUCCUACUGGUCUGGCAGUGGCCGUGUGGAGACCUGGGACUGGCCUUGGUGCGGAGGUGGAGCUGCCAGGCUCAGUGUGAUGGAGGAGGAUCAGGCUUGUGCGAUGGACCACCGGAGGAAUGAGGAGAUCCGCGGGAUAGAGGAGGAGCCCAACCACCUUCCCCUGGUGGUGUGUAUAGACAAACUGACCAAGGUGUACAAGACAGGCAGUAAACUGGCCCUGAACAAACUGAGCCUCAACCUGCAUGAAAACCAGGUGGUUUCCUUCUUGGGACACAAUGGAGCUGGGAAGACAACUACAAUGUCCAUCCUGACAGGGUUGUUCCCGCCCACGUCUGGCUCUGCCACCAUCUAUGGCCACGAUAUCCGCACUGAGAUGGAGCGUAUUCGACAGAACCUCGGGAUGUGUCCGCAGCACAACGUCCUGUUUGACAAGCUGAGUGUGGAGGAGCAUCUGUGGUUCUACUCCAGGCUCAAAGGCAUGGCUGAAGAAGACAUCUGCAAGGAGAUGGACAAGAUGAUUGUUGACCUGGAGUUGUCCAAUAAGCGUCACAGCUUGGUGCAGACAUUGUCUGGUGGGAUGAAGAGAAAGUUGUCUGUCGCCAUUGCCUUUGUUGGUGGUUCCAGGGCCGUCAUCCUAGACGAACCAACCGCAGGGGUGGACCCCUACGCCCGCCGAGCCAUCUGGGAUCUCAUUCUCAAGUACAAACAAGGCCGCACAAUUCUGCUGUCUACUCACCACAUGGAUGAAGCAGACCUUCUGGGAGAUCGCAUUGCCAUCAUCUCACACGGGAAACUCAAAUGCUGUGGCUCCCCACUCUUUCUCAAGAGCACUUAUGGAGAUGGAUACAAGCUGACACUGGUCAAAAAGCAGAGCGAAGGCCGAGGCCAGGCCAGCCAGUUCCAGCCUCCGUCUCUGUCUCCGUCCUCCUCUCUGUCGCCUUGCUCAGAAGUUCAGGUCACUCAGUUUAUUCGUCAGUUUGUGGCUUCCUGCCUGCUGGUGUCCGACUCCAACACUGAGCUGUCCUACGUGCUGCCUUCUGAGGCUGUCAAGAAGGGCUGUUUUGAGAGGCUGUUUCAGGCUUUAGAGAAGAGCUUGGACUCCCUGGCACUGACUAGUUUUGGGGUAAUGGACACCACCUUAGAGGAGGUCUUUCUCAAAGUGUCUGAAGAGGACCAGUCUCUUGAAAACAGCGAUGCUGACGUAAAGGGUUCGCCAGGGGGGAGCUCUGUAGGGAAAUCAUCAAUCGGUUCAGAAGGUUUGGGGGGACCACAGGGUGAGACAGGAUCCCAAGUGGAGCCUGAAAAGCCAACGGUGGAACUAAACAAUCUGGUGAAGUGCUCCACACUAAGCCAGAGCCAGUCUUCUCUAAUGUCCUCCUCAUCUGUCGGCUCAGUAAGAGGCGAUGAAGGAGGGCUAUAUACCGACUUCUAUGGAGAUUACUGUCCGCUCUUUGACAACAGACAGGGGGCUGACUCUGCUAGCCUCCAGGGAGAUGCAGAGAACCCCUCGUCACCAGAGCCGGAGGUGCUGGAAGGGCAGGGCACCUUCAAGCUGGAGGGUUGGUGGUUGAAACUGAGCCAGUUUCACGGACUUAUUAUCAAGAGGUUUCACUGUGCCAAGAGGAACACCAAGGGUCUCUUCUCUCAGAUCCUCCUGCCUGCCUUCUUUGUCUGUGUGGCCAUGACCGUGGCCUUAUCUGUGCCCGAGAUCGGAGAUUUGCCACCCUUGAUCUUGUCCCCAUCUCAGUAUCAUAACUACACCCAACCAAGAGGCAACUUCAUCCCUUAUGCCAAUGAAGACAGACCCCAGUACAGGAACAAGCUGUCACCAGACGCCAGCCCACAGAAGAUCAUCAACACCUUCCGCCUGCCCUCGGGUAUCGGUGCUACUUGUAUCCUCAAAACCCCCUUCAACAGCACCCUGGACCAGCUGGCACAAACCCUCAACCCCAAUGCCAAUAACUCCAAAACCCUAGCUGCCAAAUACUUUGAUUCUAUGUGUCUGGACUCCUUCACUCAGGGCGUCCCCCUCUCCAACUUUGUGCCCCCACCACCUUCGCCAGCACCUUCAGAUGGCCCAGACUCUAAUUUUGAGGACGGUCUGUGGAACCUAACAGUCACUCCUCCAAUUACAGUUCAUAAGCCUGUUACAUCUCCACCUACCUUUCCCUUGUCCAUCCAUGAGCCGGUGCGCUGCGUCUGCUCUAUGCAGGGGACAGGCUUCUCCUGUCCCAGUGGGGUAGGAGGACAACCCCCUCUCAUGAAGGUGGUGACUGGUGACAUUAUGGUGGACAUCACAGGCCGGAACGUCUCUGAAUAUCUGCUUUUCACAUCAGACAGAGUGCGGCUGCACAGAUAUGGUGGUUUAACAGUGGGCAACAUUCAGAAAUCAAUCCCAACAUCUUUUGGGAGAAAUCUUCCACCUAUGGUUCGUAAAAUAGCGGUGCGCAGAUCAGCUCAGGUUCUCUACAACAAUAAAGGCUACCACAGCAUGCCAACGUAUCUGAAUGUCCUCAACAAUGCCAUCCUGCGUGCCAACAUGCCUCCCUCCAAGGGCAAUCCUGCUGCCUACGGAAUCACAGUAACAAACCACCCGAUGAAUCGCACCAGUGCCAGCCUUUCUUUAGACUAUUUGCUCCAGGGCACAGAUGUAGUGAUUGCCAUCUUCAUUAUUGUCGCCAUGUCCUUUGUCCCAGCCAGCUUUGUGGUUUUCCUAGUAGCAGAAAAAUCCACAAAGGCCAAACACCUGCAGUUUGUCAGUGGCUGUGACCCAGUCAUCUACUGGCUAGCCAACUAUAUUUGGGAUAUGCUGAACUACCUGGUACCUGCUACAUGCUGCGUUAUUAUUCUGUUUGUGUUUGACCUGCCAGCCUACACCUCUCCAACAAACUUCCCUGCUGUCCUCUCCCUCUUUCUUCUCUACGGUUGGUCGAUCACUCCCAUAAUGUAUCCUGCAUCCUUCUGGUUUAAGGUUCCCAGUACAGCCUAUGUCUUUCUCAUAGUCAUCAACCUCUUCAUAGGCAUCACUGCAACUGUUGCAACCUUCCUUCUACAGCUCUUUGAACACGACAAGGAUUUGAAAAAAGUGAACAGUUACCUAAAGUCCUGUUUCCUCAUCUUCCCCAACUACAACCUGGGUCAUGGCCUGAUGCAGAUGGCCUACAACGAGUACAUCAAUGAAUACUACGCUAAAAUAGGGCAGUUUGACAAGAUGAAAUCACCAUUUGAGUGGGAUAUUGUGACUCGAGGACUUGUUGCAAUGACAGUCGAAGGCUUUGUUGGCUUCCUCAUCACCAUCCUCUGUCAGUACAACUUUCUGAGGAACCCGCCGAGGGUGCCGGUCAGCUCCAAGCCUAUCGAUGACGAUGAUGUAGACGUGGCCUGUGAGAGACAAAGAGUGCUGCGUGGAGACGCUGACAAUGACAUGCUGAAGAUCAAGAACCUAACCAAGGUAUACAAAUCCAGAAAGAUGGGACGUAUCCUUGCAGUGGACCGCCUGUGUCUGGGUGUCCGGCCCGGAGAGUGCUUUGGAUUGCUCGGAGUAAAUGGAGCUGGGAAAACCAGCACCUUUAAGAUGCUGACAGGAGACGAGUGUACUACUGGAGGAGAGGCUUUCAUUAACAGAAACAGGUGGUGCAGUGGGCAUUGGAAAAGCUGGAGCUGUCCAAGUAUGCAGACAAACCAGCGGGCACUUACAGUGGAGGAAACAAACGCAAGCUCUCCACUGCCAUUGCUCUCAUCGGGUACCCAUCACUCAUCUUCCUGGAUGAGCCCACCACUGGGAUGGACCCGAAGGCCCGCAGGUUCCUCUGGAAUUUAAUCCUGGACAUAAUCAAGACCGGACGCUCUGUAGUGCUGACGUCACACAGCAUGGAGGAGUGUGAGGCCUUGUGUACCAGACUGGGCAUUAUGGUGAAUGGCAGGUUUAAAUGCCUGGGGAGCAUCCAGCACCUAAAGAACAGGUUUGGAGAUGGCUACAUGAUCACAGUGAGGACAAAGAGCAGCUCCAGCGUCAAAGAGGUGGUUCGGUUUUUCAACAGAAACUUCCCCGAGGCUCUGCUGAAGGAGCGUCACCACACCAAGGUGCAGUACCAGCUGAAGUCUGAGCGCAUGUCCCUGGCUCAGGUCUUUAGUAAGAUGGAGCAGGUGGUGGAGGUGCUGGGUAUUGAGGACUACUCUGUCAGUCAGACUACUCUGGAUAAUGUGUUUGUUAACUUUGCCAAGAAACAAAGCGAUAACCUUGAGCAGCAGGAUGUGUCGCCGCUGGGCAGUGGAAAGUCCCCCCUGCAGCGCAUCUUCAGCCUUCUAAAGUCUCGAACGGCCAACACAGAACUCAACGCUCUGAUCAGUGAGGCGCCAGAAGAGCUGGAGAGCGAUGAUGAUGAAGGUCUCAUUAGCUUCGAAGAGGAACGGGUGCAGCUCUCUUUCAAUACAGACACCCUCUGUUAAAAUGAGCUACUUUCACAUCAGAGAGCAGAGGGGAGGGCAGAGGGGGGACCCCUGAUCCCACUGGUCUGAGCUAUGCGUUCCUGAGAGUAUGGCACCGCGACCCUGAAGAGGACCAAAACUCUCUGAACACAGCACCUGAGGUUCAGUAUUUCAGGCUUCAGAUGGACUCUGCACUAGGACGGCAACAUUAUACUUUGAGUGUGUGAAUUUGAACCCUUUAUGAAAUGUUAAAAACCAAGUCUUUGAUUCCACUGGUGUCUCUGAGCUGACUGGAAUCACCCCCUAACCACAAAGGGUCCUUGUUACUCUGUAGACCUGCCUUGAGAGCAUGCUGUGAUGAUGAUAAUACACCCUGUUUUUCUGUGGUAAGAUUUAUUUUGAAGGCAGCUACAAACUGCUGUGUUGGUUCGUUUGUUUAAAUCUUUUUCUUUCUCUUUUUGCGUGGGGGGUGCACCCUGUAAGGGGGCGUGCGUGGACCUGUGGGGGAGCAGGAGGCCUUCUUGCCUUCUUUGAUGUUACCAGGUGAAAGUACACGGGUGUUGUCAUGGUGAUGCCUCCUCCUCUCGGUUUGUUCUGACACUGUACACGUGGUCGCUUUCUUUUCUGUUUUACAUAUUAGUAUUUUUAUUUAUAUUCUUAUUAUUUUUAUGAAUAGUAUUGUAACAUGUUAUUAUGUUGUGCAUUCUGGUGAGAAGAUCCUCUGUAAAUGGGGCACUGUGUAUAAUAAGAACAAUAACUCCACCUGCAGUGAACAUGAGCAGCAUUGUAACAGCCUGAACGGUGGAUUUGAAUUCCUGACAACAACUGCACUCCUAUCACUGUGACACUAACAGGGACCUUCAGAUCACAUUUGCAGUAAUAUGUGGGUACGCUCCAUGUUUUAUGAUUUGCAGAUGAACUUGUAAUUUUUUCAUGGCUUCUGGAAUCAGCACAUUACAAAAAUAAGGCUCUUUCACUGACCGUGUGUUGAUAUGUUCUUUAAACUGAUCUCAUGUUUCGUGAUAACUGAGUUGUCCUGUCAUCAACAACUCCUGUGUUGCUUCUUCUUUCACAGCUAGCUGCAGUCCUGGUUUGGUUAUUACUCUGGUACUGGUGGGCUUUUUUCCCUGUUGCAGAUGUUAUCAUUAAAAAAGAGUAACUGUCAUCUUUCAUGUCUGAGAUUGUGAGCUUGACGGAUAAAAGCAAGUCUGUCAUGGACUUUAACAACUGUAUGUCACCUACAGCCACUGGAGUUUUGAGCAUUCAUAGUUUAAAAUAAAUCUAAACUGUAUGUUUUGGGAUGUAAACAUCAGAUUCAUAUGUGAACUUAACCUUUAAUAACGCCGUUGAAGCGUGUGUCUGAUUAAACGACUGUUUCUGAACUGUAACUUACACUGAACAGAGGCUCUUCUUAUGCUUUGUGUUUGUUGCAACAGUGAGCUUCGUCCCACACAUCUGCAGCUCUGCUGCUGUGGACCUCUCGCUCUGAUUAUAAAAACGAGCCACGUGCCCAAUGGAGUCAAAUAUUUUGAGCUUCUUCAAGACACAAGUCAUCUUUUCUUGGACUUUUCUAAAGUCUUCACUCCGGGACUGUGUGAAAGCUACACCGCGUUUGCAUGUUCCUUGUCAUGCAUCCAUAUUUUGAUGAAAUAUGAUGUCAUCAAACAUCCUUUUAGUCGUUUGAUGACAUCAUAUUUCAUUCUAGUUCAUCGAACGCGGUGCAGGCCAGUCGCAUUCUUCUAGUUUUGGCCUUUUGCACAUUAUUGGACUUAUUUAUUCUUUUAUUUAAUUCACUUUUUCUUUCUUACUCUUGUGCUGCCUGUAACAAAGCAUCCUCACACAUCUGGGGUUAUACCUUUUUUUGGUUGAACAUUUUGAAUAUUGAUAUAAAUAUGAUGAGCUGGGCUCCACUGGGAGAAGACAGCAGAGAGAGAAGAGAACAAUAUGUUUUUAUUAACUCUGUACUAUGAAAUGUAAAUUUGCUAUUAUUGUUUUAAUAGUGAGAAUUAAUUAGGCGAUUACACGGACUGAGACGGAGGCUAUCACGUGGGUAAUCUGUUGGUGUCUGUCUCCCUCACUCUGUCCUUUACAGUGUCAGCAUUCAGCUGUGGCGCAGCUUUCGCACAGUCCAGGAGUGAAUAAUGCAAUAAAUGAAUGGCAGCAUUCAGUUAUUGCAUAUUCACUGCUCUCCGUUUUUAGGUCUUUGCUUUUUUUAAUGAAAAGCAACAAAAGUAGUAUCCUGAUUAGUAACUUGAAAAGAACUAAUACUUUAAACAUGACACCUUAUAAUAUGUUUAAAUAGCACAACAAAACACAACAAAAUGUGGGGUUCCUAUUUUGGCAUGAUACUAAGGCCCUAAGUACGCUUUAAUUAUUUGUAAUUCCAGCAUAACUAUAUUUACCUACUAAUACUAAGGUAUUUACCUUCAAAUAAGGGAAUCGAGUCGUUUAACCUUAUCUAACGUCCAGAUGUUUUACUGCCUCCUUUAGUUCACCCCUUUGUGUUGUGAGUCCUGCGUUUGCGUCUUAUUCCUGUCUCCUGCACAGCACAUCAUGAGGUGUGGUGCUUGCAUGUGGAAGAUGUUACUGUGAACAGACAGCACGCAGUCAAGGGAGCAGGUGGAACAAGCCAUCCGUAAACUGCCAAAACAGAGAAAAAUCCAUCCAAGAAACUGCUGCAAUAUUAGAGAAGCAAACUCUACAGGUUGGUACAUCCUGAGAAAGAAAGAAAGACGUUUGACCUUUAACAAACACAUUUAUUCAUAUCACAAUUCAAUAAUACAAACAAAACGCUCACAAAGUCAAAGGAAGCAUCACAAAAACACCACCCAAAAACCACACACACUUAGAUCCACGUGUAGUUAUCAAAACAAAUACACUGAAUAAUAAUAUCACUCUAAAAAUGCAAAACAAGUGCACCAUCCUCCCUCAAUGAACAUAAAACAUUUCUAAUACACCACAAAUCUGUAAACAUCUGUAGAUUACAAGUAACUCUAUAAAAACUUUCAAUCUCGAUGCAACUAAGCCCUUAAAACUAAGUGCUGCAUCAGUCCAACCCUGUCCAAGCAUUUCAUUUUUCCUCGUUUUCCAAAUUGCGAACUUUGCCAUACCAAGAAGGAAAUUGAUUAAGACAUGCGUCUUCUUUUUCAAAGCUCUGUACUUAAGACUAAAAACAAAAACUGCCAUAGAAAAACGCCCACCCAGGGCUUCCACCCAUUCCUGCAAUAAACUAAACAGGCUUUUUAACCUCACACAGGACAAAAACAAGUGUUCCAGCGACUCCUGUUGUUCACAAAAUAGACAUCCACCCCUAGUAGUCGGGUCUAGCUGUGUGUCUGUUCGUAGCUAUAAAUCCUCCAGUGGAGGUCACCAACCUGUUUCUCAACAGGUGGCUUAUACAGGACCCUCCAUCUGCCCUUCGGGGCAAGGUCUGAACCAAAAACCUGUGUCCACCUCGACUCCCUGACCCCCCGAGCACAAGUUCAGCACCUUGGCACAACUCUGAUACAGGUGCUUCUUCCCACAUGAACUGAGAACACCCAACAGCAGUCCAUUCUCCUCAUGCCAUCCAUCAAAAGCUGGCGCAGCUGAAAGUACUGGAAAUACGUACUCAUACCCAUUAUGCCACUGGUCAGCUAGAUUGCAAUUUUCAGCAAAUAGUUUCAGUGACACAGGUAAGGACUCCCAGACGUCUUCCAGG